UUUUUUUUUUUUUUGUUAAAUGUUUUACAGCCACUGAACUUGUUACAAGGUCAAUUAAAAUGAUGAUGGACUCCGGUUGUGAAGAGGUUACACUAGAAGCUGAAGUCACAAAUAAAGGGGCACUUGCACUCUAUGGCCGUCUUGGGUUUAUUAGGGCGAAACGACUUUUCCGCUACUACUUGAAUGGAGUUGAUGCUUUCCGUUUAAAGUUGUUAUUCCCACACAGAGAGCUACCCCCAUCCUUGUCAGCUGUGGCAAAGCAGGAUGAGAGCCACCGGCACAAUACUCAGACAGGACCUGAAGAAAAUGCAGAGCUGCAUCGAGGCUUGUAAUAUAAAUUCCUUGGCCAUUAGGUCAUGCAAUAAACUGGUUUGUUGAAGAGCAAAGGUUAAUGUUAUGAAUCUUUGAGCUUACGAGUGAAAAUGGAUUAACAAAGUGCAUUGAGAAGCAGGGGAUACUACUUUCACUUGUACUAGUGUUCUGGUUGGUUUUUAAUUAAAGGAAUUUGGGGAAAUGGUCCUUAUUUUGUUAAUGGCUUACUGUAUAGAUUUUUGUUGAUAACAAGACUUAUUUUAG